GUCGCCACGCGCCUCCGCCGCUCCACGCCCACCCACGCCGCCUACACCGUCCGCGUCGCCGACCGCCGCGUCGUCGCCCUCGUCACCGCCCACGCCGCCUACGCCCGCCGCUGGGUCUACACCACCCGCUGGCUCCACCACCGCCUCGUACGCUCCGGCCGCCUCCGGGUCGGCCUCGGCGUCCAGUGGACCCCGACCCGCCGCCCGCUCCACCGCGGGCCCCCGCCGCCGGCCACCCUGCAGCUCUGCGUCGGCCACCGCUGCCUCGUCUUCCAGCUCGCCCAGGCCGAUGCCGUCCCCGCCGUGCUCCGCAGGUUCCUCGCCGACCCGCGCGUCACCUUCGUCGGCUCCGGCUCCUUGAACGACCGCCGGAUGCUGAGUGCCUACUACGACCUCCACGUCGCGUCGGGCCGCGAGCUGCGUUCCAUGGCUAGCAUGGGGAACGCCUCCAUGGAGGCCAUGGCCGAUCGCUUCCUUGGCUACCCUGGCAUCGACAAGCCCAUGAACGUCGCCAUGAGCGGCUGGCACGUGCCCUACCUUUCGAUCGAACAGGUGCAGUACGCCUGCGUCGACGCCUACCUCGCCUUCCGCCUCGCCGUCCACCUCUCCUCCGCCCACCAGCUCGUCCCCGCCCACGCGCCUCCGCCUCCUCCCGCUCGUCGCGCGCCCGUUUACCUCCACGCGCCGCUGCCUCCCGGUCCGCGCGUCGCCGUGCUCGCGCCACCGCCCGCUCAGCGCGCGCUAGUCCGCCCCCGCGCGCCCCCUCCUUCUGCUCCGGUGUACCGUGCGGUGCCUCGCGCCGAGCACGCUGCUCAGACGAACUGGGCGCUGGUAUCAACAGCCGUGGACGUGGACGACGACGCGUCGGAGUCAGAGAACAGCAGCAAUAUCACUGACAGCGGACGCCCACGCGCCGCCGCCUCAGACUCAGACAUUGACGAGGAGUACUCAUCAAGCUAUGCUGCUUCAGAUGGCCAUGCCUUCUCUUCAGAUGACUUCGAGCUCAUGGGGCAUGGAAUGCUGUCGUCGGACGAGGAGGAUGGCUAUGCAGAAUUUGUCCUAGGGAUGGGAGGUCUCAACCUUGACAUCGACAGCGAUGACGACAACGACGACGACGAAGGCUACAAUGGCAACGCCAGCAUUGGAAUUGUGACUCUUCAGAGCUAUGACGAGUACGGCAGCAUCGGAAUUGUGACUCUUCAGAGCUACCAGAUGGCUGGCAAUGAGGAAAUGUUUGUCAGGAAUGGAGGGGCCACGCUUGAGGAGCUGGAAGAUGACAUUGUCGCCGGAGCCGGCCCGGCCAACGUCGAGGAGGGGGGUGGUGGCGGCGGCGGUGGUGGCCAUGAAGCAUUCGAGGGGGGCAUCCAGUCGUUCGACGUCGAUGAGGGUGACGAUGGAGAAGAUGAUUGGUAUGAUCAAGAUCAGGACUAUGGGGAUGAGUCUCUUGAUUAUGACAGUAGUGGAGGCCUCUACUAGUUUCUACUGCAUUUGGUUGCUGGUACUGAUGACUGUGAGUAAGAGUUUUGGGGGAAGGAAUUCACUGCUCCUUAUGUUCUGUGAUGGAGUGAUUUGCCUAUGACCUUAGGCCAAUUUGCUUAGUUAUGUUUUUAGGUGAAUUUUGGUCAUGUUAUCCUCAAUUUUCUUGUAGUACAUGCUACUAGCCUACCACUGAAUUUCAUAUUCUUCCUAUCUGAUGCCUAAAUACAUACAUGCAAGUAUGCUACUAGUAUGCUGCAGGGAGCUUGGUGUUUAUAUGAAGUUGUGAUGAUGGGUUUUAUAUAUGCUUAGUACCAGGUUUUCAUAAUCUA